UAAUUAAGUAAUCAAAAUUGAGAAGAAAAGAAAUUAAAAUAAAAAAUUAACAUCUAAAUAAAUUAAAUUUGUCAUAUAUUCAAUCACUUAUCGCUGUCUCGUCAAACUAGAAAAUUUCAAAUUUGUUGUAAACUUCCCAUAAAUAUCUUAUAAAACAAAUAAAAAAAAAAAUUCUAAAAUAAAUAAUAUUUAUAUAUACAUUCACACAUAUAUGUAUAUAUUCAUAAAAAUUCAUCAGAAAAAUUCACUUACUACAAAACUACGCGUAAAUAACUUUCUAUUCGAUACAAGAAACAAAAGAAAAAAAAAGAGUAAAAUCUCUCUCACUAUCUAUAAUACCAACAAAAUAUAGGCGCUAAUUCUAAAAAUUCUAAAACCAAAAAAAAGAAAAUUCAUAAAAAAUUAUAAAAUUUCAAAAAUUUACAAAAAUUAAAAAUAAUUAAUCACAAAAUUUUAAUUAUAAUAUGUAUGCGGCUGCAGGCGGUGCUUCAUUAGCAUCGCGUAAAGCUCGUCAAAAUAAACAAAAAAAAUAUCAAGCACAACAGGCUCGUGCACGUGCCGUUAAUGAAAUAGCACAACCACGUGUUCAACAAUCACGUCAAUUUCAUCAAUUACCCCCAAAUUAUUUACGUACACCUGGUGGUGGUCCAUCACGUAAAUUAAGUGCUGCUAGUUUUGCUACACAAAGUAAAUUAUUACUGCCAAUACAUGAAGGGCAUCAACAACAUCCGCAUACACAUCAUCAUCGUCAUCCUAGUGGUGCUAUUACAUAUUAUGGUAAUCAACAAUCAAUUAUUAAUCAACAUAGUCAAUAUCAUUCACAUUUACCACAUGGAGCUGUGUUACAUCAUUCACGUCAAAAUUUACAUCAUGGACGUCCAUCAACACCUAGGUUAUCACAAACCGAUGAAAGUUUAAUACCAGAUAAACCACAUUUAAUAAAAUCAGCAACAGCAUCAUUUCCAUUAGUUAGCCAAAUUGAGGCUACACCACCUGCCACACCAUUAAUAUCAAUUGAAACAAAUAAAUUAAAACCACCUGGUACAAGCAGUUUAGUUGGUGUUGAAUUAGUUAAUAUAGAUGAAACAUUAUUAGUUACUACAACAGCAACAACAACAUUACCAUUAACAUCAAUAAUUCAAGCACAACCUAUAACUACUACUACUACUACUACAACUACUAGUAAUAUAAUUGAAGAUGAUCAAAAAGAGAAGACUGAUAUAAUAAUAACAACAACAGGUGCAACUGUUCAAACUACAACUACAACUUCAACUACAGAAACAAGCGGUUUACAAGUUCUUCCAAUACCACAUGAUUCAAUAAUUGUUACACCAGCAACACCAUUACCAUCACCUGGUCAUAGUAUUAAAGCUGCAUCAACAUCAUCACAAGCUGCCGAAGAGAAAGACUUUUUUGGUCCUGGACCAUUUCGUUUGGAAAGAAAAUGUAGUUUUUAUCGUGUUAGACCUAGACGAAGUAAUGCAUUCGAAACUUAUGAUGAUUGUCAAUCUUUUUUGGAUGCGACAGGUCAUGAGUUAACCCAAGCUCAAUUACUUCAUUAUAGAGAUUAUACAGAUGAUAGCACAUUAUUACAUCCACCAAUUGGAAAUGGUAUUAAAGAACCACAUAAAUAUUCACAAUGUGCCUAUUGUGAAGAUGGAAUUUGCUUAUGUGAACAUAUUGAGUGCGCCCAAGGACGUGCAGCAUGGUUGGAACGAGAACGUAUCAGACGUUGUAGUGUCCAAGAGAAAGAUAUUACAACACCAGCUACCUGCCAUCGAAAAUGGGUGAAACGAAAUCGAAUACAAGAUUCAUCACUUGGUGGCUCAUCAGAUGACGAAGACUUAUUAGGUGUAUUAAGAGGACCUAGUAAUUUUGCAAAUGCCUUCCUUUAUGUUGGCUUAGGUACUGUAGCAAUUGGUUUAGUUAUAGCAUUCGUUGGAACCGGCGAGAAAGGGUUCAAAACUGUUGAAUUAAGACUUAUAGGACCUUCGUUAAUAGGUAUCGGACUAAUAUGUUGUAUAUUACGAAUAUGUUUUUGUAUAUGUCCAUCUAGUUGUAUAUCAUCUAGUAGAAGAGCACGUAAAAAAAAUAGUAAUAAAGUUGAUGCGGAUCAUACUACUUCCUUACUUCGUGGCGAAAAUAAACGUGUUUCAAUAGCGAAAGGCCCACAUCGAUUCCCACUGGGGCGAAAGAAAAGUAAUAAUAAAAUGAUGAAUGAAGGUAUGGAAGCACUUAGACAAAUAGCAACAACAUCGUUAUUUUUACAAAAUGAACAAAAACCCGCCAGUUCAAAUCGUGUUGUUCCUAUUAUUAAAGAACCUGAAACUCUUCAUGAUUCACCAUUAGAAAUGAAAAAAUUAGAUACUACAUUAAAUAUAAGCGAUAUUACAGAUGAUGAAGAUGAAGAUGAUGAAUCACAAGCCAUAAUACAACCUCAUCAACAUCAUAAAAAUUCUUCGAUGGCUGCCGCGACUGCAAUUAUACAAUCUAAUAAUAAUAAUGAUGCACAUGAUAAUAUCGAUGAAGAAUCACCAUCAGCGCCAUUAGUACGUACACAAAGUAAAUUAGCUAGAAAAAGAUUUUCAAUACAUCAACAACAAAAACAACAAGAUCAACAUACAUCAUUAUCAUUAUCAUCACCGCCAUCAAUAGCGCCGCCAUCAAAUCAACAAUUAAUUAAUAAUAAUAAAUAUGAUGCUGAUACAUUACUUAUGGAAACAUCAUUAAUGGUAAUAAAUCCUACACCGCCAACGACAGCGGAAUCAAAUAAAUUAACGCUACCUGUUGAAAUACCAACAACAUCAGCAUUAAUAAAUACAUCAAAAACGAAAACAAUAUAUAAUAAUAAUAAUGAAAAUAAUAAUAGUAAUAAUAUUAAAUCGACAAUAUUACCAUCAACUUCAUCUUCCAUUAAAAAUAAUAAUAAAGUAAAAAGUUUAUCACCACCACCAGCACCAUCAUUAUCGGCUACAUCAUUUAUACCGGCAUCAACAACUUUAAUAGCACCUCGAAGUACUUAUGAUUUACCGAAGUCAACAUUAAUUAACGGAUCUAAUAUAACGGAAGCACAUAAACAAAAAGCACAAAAAUAUGAUAAACAACAGCAAAAACAAUCACAACAAUCUCAACAAUUACAACAACAACAUACACCUGGCCAAAUUAUUGAUUUUUCAAUAUCAACAUCAUCUAUAUCAUCAUCAUCAGCAACAACAACAACACCAGCAACUGUUAUAGGUUUAACUGGUGUUGAAGGUGCUAUUGGUGGUAGUUUAUUAUUACCAAAAACAUUAUCAACAACAAUAGCAACAUCAACAAUAACAGCAGCAACAAAAACAACAACAACAAUAAUGCCAAUAAUACCACCACCACCGCAAUCAUUAUCAUCAUUAUCAUCAAAUAAUAAUAUGAAUUCACAAUUAAUAUUAACACCAUCAUUAUUACCUGGUACUGUUGUCGGUCCAACAUCAAAUAUUAUAUCUUCAUCAACUGGUAGCAAUAAUAAUAAUAAUAAUAAUUAUAAUAUAAUAAGUAGUGGUAAACCAUCAACAUCGUCUAAUUUAUCAUCACAAUUAACACCACCGCCAUUAACAGGAUUACAAACUGAACCGGAAAUAGUAUUAAGUCCAGCUAAACUGGGUCAAUAACAAAUGGGGAUAAUUGGUAGAAAUGUAGAGCACCUUAUGUAGUAUAGAAUAAUAUUAAUUAUAAAAAUAAUAUUAAUAAUAAUAAUAAUGAAAAUAAAAAUAAUAAUGAUAAUAACAGUUAUAAUAAUAAUUAUAUUAAAAAUAAUAAUAAUUAACAUUAUCAUAAUUAAAAAUCAUAUAUCCAUUUUAGGUAUCCUUUUUAAAAUUUUUGGCAAAAUUCAUAAUAAUAAUUUUAAAUUUAAUAAUUCUCUAAUUUUAAUAAUAAAAAUUGAAUUUUUGUUUAUUUUUUAUUUAAAAAAU